CCCAGAUCAGUUGGGAUUGAUUGACAGCAUGGCACAUAAAAAAGAACGAGGAUCCAAAGAGAAUCUCUUGUGGAAAAUUGAUUAUCUGGCUGCUCAGAUUGGUCAAGAUGCGCGUUUUGACUCUGCAAAGGCCGCGGCAUCGGCCAGGAAAUCGCAAAAGAACAAAGCUUCAGCUCAAGACAAACGAGCCAACAAGGCUGAUCUCGAAAACGAGCUCAAGGAGAUGCGACUUCGAAAAUUGCAAGCAAAACUGCAUCAAGCUCGAAAGGAAUUGCGAAGCCAGUUGAAAAAGAGUAAAGCGACCGAUGCACUAAAACUGCAGAAGAAACUACGUGACGCUCAGAAAAGUCUGGAAAAGGAGCCAUCAACAAGUGCAGAUACUGAAGAAAACGAAAAAACCUCAGAAAAUGAUACCACAGCAGCAAAGAAGCGUCCGAUCACAGCCGAGCAUAUCAAGAAAAUAGAAAAGGAUUUGGAGGCAUCAAAGGGUAUCGAUCUGGACGUGCUGGCCGAAAAAACAUUGCGCAGCAAAAUAUUGAAACAUCGAACGUUAAAGCAUCACGAGUUGGUGGCAUUGCUCUUCUCCGAACAAAAAUCACCUGGGGAAACGAACGCAUCUGAAAAGGAAACAAAUGCAACGGAGAAAGCAAAUGUAGCGGAGGAAGGAAAUUCUAGUGACCAAGUGAAGGCCGUUCAGGCCGAUACUGACUCACCAAUGACCGAGAAAGACCAGACUUUGACCGCUCCUCUGGAUUCAAAGCUACCACCAUCGGAUAUGGCGCGAUUGAAGGAAAAUGCAGAGACGCGAUUGCUGGCAUCCAAGCUAGUGCAGCAAGAUAUUGCGAAACUGUUGCAGGAGAUGGAGGCGAUCAUUAUCGGGCGUCCUGCGAAACCGGCCAAAGAUGGGCGAAAGGAAACUCAGCAAAAGGAAGGAUCAGCAUCCACAGGGGAGAAGCGCAAAGACAGACAAAGUGGCGAUCCGUCUAUGUUUGUAAGCUCUUUGCAAGGUACAGCCAACAGCAGUGGGGAUGAAGCCGGCAAGAAACGUGCCAAGAAAGACAAUCCACGUUCAACGGAUUGGGUUGAUCCGGAUUUCGACAAGUAUUAUAAGGGCAUAGAAAAGAAAAACAGACCCGGUCAACGAGCACGACGACAGAAAUGGGAGGAGAUGUAUGGCGACAAAGCAAAACAUGUGCAAGCAGAAAGAGAAAAGGAUCAAAAAGCCAGAGAAGAAAAGGCGAAACAACAGGUGAAGAAUAAGUCGCAGAAACCACAGAUAAUGGCCGAAGACAUGGAAACUUUCCAUCCUUCCUGGCAAGCGAAACGACAGCAGCAAGAAAUGAUGGCCAAGGCAUUAAGUGGGCAAGGCGGGGCCAACAAGAAGAUUGUUUUUGAUGAUACCGAUUAAAAUCAUAGCAGUCAUUCCUUUUUUUUUUUUUGUCCAUUCCAAACUCGUUCCUUUUUUAUUCAAUCAUCCCGAUGCAUUAACAGACACAUUUUGUAUAAAAGAAUAAAAAAGCCAUUAUAAUAUGCAUACAUUCAUAAUUGAAUGCACACUGUUUCUCUUCUUCCAUUUUAUAAAAAUAAAAGAGAAUUC